AUGAUAGAUGCUACAAGGCUUAGUGGUCUCACACGUGUGGCAGAUUCGGCAGAACCUCGAAACCAAACACAGAGACGAAGAGAGCAGGUUCGUAAAGCACAAAAAACCCACCGCGAACGAAAGGAAGCAUACGUCGCGUCACUAGAAACCGAAGUCGUGCGCCUUCGUGCCAAUGAAGCGCGCUUGGAGUUCGAAACCAAAGCACUGUAUGCCGAAAACAAUGUGCUGAAAAGACUCCUGACACAACAAGGCAUUCCAGUGCCAGCGGAAACGGCACGAGGGCAUCCCAAUGACAUCGCCCAUGCAUCCUCCACCAGCCCGGACAAUUACUCAACCUCCUUCUGGGACGCAACAACCGACGAUACCCUCACACUAUCCAUAGCGCAAGAAGACCCCAGCGCCAAACGAAAAAACCGUCGAAAACAAAUCUACAUCCAGCAGCCACAAGCCUUACCUAGACUCAACCCAUCCUCUGCAGCCAUCAACUUCUCCCAACCCAUCUCACCCCCCUCCUCUGGCUCUCUACCAUCGCACCUCGUCUCCCCCAUCAAUCCCACUCCAACAUCAACCGCCAGACUCAGCACGCUAGACCCCGAAGCCUUAGGCAUGGACUUUGUCUUAGCCCUCGAAUCCCCUUGCCUCUCCCAUAUCGACGUCGGCCCACCCUCCUCCCCAAAGCACUCCCAUUCGCACUCCGAAGAUCCAGGUACAGCCCUAACAACAUCUACCGGUCACGCCCUCACCCUUUCUGCCACCCUCCUCCACACACACCCUUCCCCCGCCGGCCAGCGCCUUUACUCGUCUAGCGCCUGGCGCGUCCCCCGAGCAAGCCUCUCGCAACUACUCCAGCUGUCUGCCCAGAUCCCGCUAGCAGACGACGAAGUGACACCAAUCCAAGCUUGGGAGUUUGUGCGGCAGCAUGAGGGGUUUGGGGAGUUGGAUCUUGCCCGUUGGGAGGUGCUAAAGGAGAAGCUAGUCGCGGCGGUAAAUUGUUAUAAGUUUGGGGGUGUAGUGGCCAAGGACGUGCUUGAAAAUAGUGUUUUCGAAGCGUUUGUGGUGGGAAGGGUAUUUUGA